AUGAAAAAUAACAGCUUGAAUAUACAUAGGCUUUAUCACAAACCAAAUGUACGGCAAGAAGAAGAAUGUAUACGUAGAACUGGUGGAAGAGUAACAAAAUAUAAAGAUGAUGUACCACAUGUUGAAAAUCAACUAGCUGUUAGUCGUGCAUUACUUGAAUAUUCAAUAGAUAAACAUAUUAUACCCGCAUUACCUGAUAUAAUUCAAUAUUCAAAACAAUCAUCAACUGCAUAUAUUAUAUUUGCUUGUGAUGGUAUUUGGGAUGUUAUAAAUAAUCAACAAGUUGGGACAUUUGUUUCAAAUAAAAUAUCAUCGAAUAUAUUACAAGAUAUUAUUUCACAAUUGUUAGAUGAAUAUUUAAAAUUAGAAACUAUGGAUAAUAUGAGUGUUUAUAUUGUUAAACUUUAA